AUGCCAGUUGACUUCAAGGAUGCAUGCUGCUGCUGGUCAAAGCUCUUAACCGGACGAGCGUGCAAGUUCUACAAUGCCGUUUGCUGUCCCUUCGUGCUAUGCAUAUGGGCUACAAGCAUCUACUGCUGCGGGUGUAUCCGGGUCUACCUCAACCGCGGCCUGUACAAAUUCUGCUGUUGCCUCUGCAGAGCCUUUAACUGCUGCUGGCUUUACACGGACAAGGACUUCCCGCCUCAAGAUGUGUCUCUCGGAGAUGUCAAAGGGGACAGUGCAGCAGGUGACCGGGAAGAAGGACAGAAAUUUGCAGGCCAAGUAAAGUGGGUCAGGGGCGGAAAGUUUCCGUUGCCCAAAGACAAGCAGGGACGACAGCGUCGCAUGCAGCUUUUCAGUGAGGAGGUGGACAGCAGAGACAUCUGUCAAGGUGCACUGGGCGAUUGCUGGCUUCUGGCAGCGAUAGCCUGCUUGGCAGAGCACAAAGGGGCGAUUCAGGCCGUGUUCAGGACAAAAGAGGUCAACCCUCGCGGCAAGUAUGCUCUUCGCCUCUUUGAUGGCGCAAAGGAGAAGUGGGAAAUCAUCAUCAUUGAUGACCACAUUCCAUGCAACAAGGCAUCCUACGAAAGAGACGGCUCCUGCAAGCCCCUCUUCAGCAAGCCGAACAAGAACGAGCUGUACGUGAUGCUCAUGGAGAAGGCCUUUGCCAAGUUCUGUGGCGGGUACUCUGCUUUGGAGGGGGGCCAGACCAUAUGGGCCAUUCGGGCGAUGACAGGCGACCCAGCGCGUCUCUUCUACCGAAGCGAUGCGAAAGACAAUUGGCAGCGGAAGGACCUCAAGAACUUUGACGAUCCGCGUGACAAGCGCAAGUGUGGCUUAUAUGCCCGGGACGAGAAAAUCGAUAACGAUACCAUGUUUGAGAUCCUGCGGAAGUACCAUGCGCUGGGCAGCAUCCUCUCAGCUUCGGGAUCGAGCGGGGCCGAUGGCUUGGUGACUGGCCAUGCCUACUCCAUCCUCCAGGUGAGGAAAGUGAACGACGGAUUCAUGGGCAUUGGGGGGAAGGACUACAAGAUGGUUCAGAUUCGAAACCCGUGGGGCGCAGGAGAGUGGAAGGGCGACUGGAGCGACAAGAGCAAGUUGUGGCAAGAUCAUCCUUCAGUCAAGAAACAGCUGGAGUUUGAGGAUGUUGAUGACGGCGCCUUUUGGAUGAGCUGGGCUGAUUUCAUCCAGAACUGGAGCAGGAUCGGGGUCGUAGACCGCACGGUGGACAUCAAUUCGCUCAGCCUCCACGUGAAGGACGACUCUGCCUGUGCUCCAACACUUGGCUGUUGCCAAGGAUGUUGGGAGCCAAGUCUUGCCUCAGCAUUUAUGGCAAGUGCUAAUAUCUGA